AUGUCGUACGCAGGUGCGCUCGUCCAGCUCGCGCACAAGUUCGUGACCGCGCCCCAGGCGUCGUCCCAGGGCUUCUGCAACGUCAUCAAGCUUGGAACGUUCUGCCGCACAGUCGUCUGGCCGUGCCUGCCGCCCCUGCUGAUGUACCAGUACAUCCGCCAGACGGACGAGGACUGCUACGCCACGGAGGUGCUCUACUACAAGUCUGGCUCCAAGGAGUGCAAGGCCUUCUACGACUCGAGCAGGCCAAACGGCUCCGGCCACUGGAAGAUGCAGGCGGAUAUGGAGCUGAUCCGCGCGGCCGCCAACCCGGAGUGA